UAUAUGUUAUGUUUCAAGCGAUUGACGAGACAAAUCUGUCACCCGCAUAAUUUGAACAUAAACGUGGAUGUCACUAAAGUUGCUCAAAAAGCCAGCGUGGCUAACAGCGCAAGCGGCUAGCACCUUAGCCACCAGCUAACUGUCACCUCAAAUUUAGUCGGUUCGAUUUUAACUUUGCUGAUUUGUCAACCAAAAUGAAGACAAAGCGAUCUUUGGGGUGGGGUGUGGGGGGGUUAAUGGCGUGUUCUAGCGCACUAGCUCUACAUCCUUAUCGGAGGUCUCGGAGCUGUAAUCUGAAUAAAAUUGUUAUAUUCAAAUGGGGCAUCUUUCAACCUAAAGGUCGAGUGACAUAACAAAGCGCUUUGAUGACUUUAAAGAAGCUUUUGGGAUCAGUUUGUCCUACACGUCUGUGGGUGGACGUCUACGUAUCUCUCCAAGCAAGUCUAGGAGUUUGUUGCACUCCACGGGGUCGGGGAGGAACCUUGAUGAGAGUACAGCUGAUUUUAAGCGCCUGACGGUCAGGAGUGAACAGCAUGGAACAGUUUCAGACGCUCUCCACCGACGAGGAUGUCAAAUGGGACAAGCUGCUGGACAACAUCAUGAAGACAGCCGACGCCAUCCUGUAUGGCACCUCAUCGGCCAACAUCCCGCUGCCGCAGCCACUGCCGCCCCCGCCGUCCCCUCCGUCCCCGAAAGAAGAGACCCGUCCGCUGGCCAUUGCAACUGCGGCGAGCGAGCACAGAGGGGCGACGGAUUUGCUGCCCCUGGCGAGCGGUCAAGAUCACAUGGAGCUGCUGAUGGAGGGCCAGCCCCUGGAUGUAGACGAUGAACUCUCCAACGUUCUGGAUGACUUUUGGUUGCCCGACUACUUGGGCGGCCAACCGGGCUCCAUCAACGUCCAAGACCUGGAUGACAACAUCGCAGUGAUGCCAGCGCACGACGGCAUGAACCAACCUCUUCUUGGAAGGCUUAAUGGCGAGUUGAUGUGUGGGGCCUCCUCGUCAUCUGACAUCAUUGAACCUCCAACAGAAGCAUCACAGACCAUCUGUAGUAGCAGCAAAAGCCAAUGUUACGGCCAGCAGGAAGCCAACCGGCCGUACAUCAAGAAGCCGCCCAACGCCUUCAUGCUCUUUCGCAAAGAACAGAGUCCCAACGUUGUCGCCCAGUUCAACAUCACCAACUCGGCGGCAGUCAAUAAAAUCCUGGGCAGGAUGUGGAAGUCGCUGCCCAAAAAGCUGCAAGCCAAGUAUUACCAGCAAGCUGAAGAGCACAAAAUCCUCCACAGUCUGCAGCAUCCUGACUGGUCCUGCACAGAAAACUAUGGCAAAAAGAGGAAACGCGAUCGCAGCAGGCACAGCACCAGCGGCCCAAGUAAGUCGUAUCUCGCAGCCGCCGCCAUGACAAGUCGGCACACCCACACAAAUGUGUCU